AUGGCCUCCUCCUCCUCCUUUUCCAAACCGCUGUCCCGCUUCUGGGAGUGGGGCAAGACCAUCGUGUGCGUGGGGCGGAACUACGCGGGGCACGCCAGGGAGCUGGGCAGCGCCCUGCCCGCACAGCCCCUCUUCUUCCUCAAGCCUUCCUCGGCCUACGUGCGGGAGGGCUCGCCCGUCCUGCGGCCCUACUACUGCCGCGACCUGCAGCACGAGGUGGAGCUGGGGGUGGUGCUGGGGAGCCGGGCCCGGGCCGUGCCCAGGGACGCGGCCAUGGGGCACGUCGCUGGUUAUGCCCUCUGCCUCGACAUGACGGCCCGGGAUGCUCAGAGGGAGUGCCAAGAGAAAGGGCUGCCCUGGACCUUGGCCAAAGCCUUCAGGUCGUCCUGCCCUGUCAGUGAUUUCGUGCCCAAGGAGAAGAUCCCGGACCCUCACAAGCUGAAGAUCUGGCUCAAGGUGAAUGGGGAGAUGAGGCAGGAAGGGGAUACGUCGUGCAUGAUCUUCUCCAUCCCUUACCUGAUCAGCUACAUCAGCGAAAUAGUCACCCUGGAGGAAGGGGACUUGAUUCUGACAGGGACCCCUGAAGGAGUCGGGUCUGUGCAGGCCAAUGAUGAGAUAGAGGCUGGGAUAAGUGACAUCCUCUCCAUGAAGUUCAAGGUGGCCCAGCAAACACGAGGAUCCUAA